CUUUAAGCUGCUCCAGCAAACAUGGCCUCCUCCAAGAGCGAGUACGUAUUCUACGCGCCGAUCCCGUCAGGCCCCUACAACACUCAACCUCAGCAAAACGUCGUCGUUCUAACUCAUUACCGCCCCACUCCCGACUACUGCUGCCGACGCUCUCUCCGCCUCUGCAUCUCAAUUACCACCUCCCUCCUCCUCCUCUCCGCCGCCGUCUUCUUCCUCUACCCCUCCGACCCCACCCUCCAACUCGUCCGAAUUAACCUCAACCACGUCCGAAUCAACGCGGCCCCCAAGCCCACUCUCGACCUCUCCUUCUCUCUCACCAUCAGAAUUCGAAAUCGUGACUUCUUCUCUCUGAAUUACGACUCGCUCAAAGUUACGGUGGGGUACCGCGCGAGGGAGCUAGGGGUUGUCAGCUCCGACGGAGGGCGCGUGAGGGCCAGAGCAUCGUCGUACGUGAACGCCACGCUCGUGAUCGACGGGCUCCAGGUCCUCCACGACGUGUUCUACUUGCUUGAAGAUUUGGCCAAGGGGGUAAUUCCCUUUGAUACUGAUACGGAGGUGGAUGGAAGUUUGGGGCUUUUGUUCUUCAAGAUUCCGAUCAAGGCGAGAGCGUCGUGUGAAGUAUAUGUUGGUACAAACAAUCAAACAGUUGUUCGUGAAGACUGCUACUCUAAGUGAAAUCAAUGGAGUAUUACUGCUGUAUAACCUGUAAAUUGGAUGCUAAAGGCGAAAACCGACAGUUGCAGUCCGUGUGCAUACUUAUCGAGUUCGAAUUGAUCACGGAUAGCAUGUAGAAUGUGAACAGGGUGUGCUUGAUUAUGCAAUCAACGAAGCUUGAAUAGCAAAACAAAAUCAUUAGAUGAAAAUCCCAGUGGGGAAGGCUUUUACUUGUUUCACUCUACUCUGUAACAUUUGGUUCCUCAAUCAACUUUGCGGUCGAAACGUGUCAAUUUUAACAAAGGAUCCAACGUCGGUGGAUGCUAUAAAAUCUCGAAUUAUCAACGUCA